CUUUGCCACAGUAGUAUUACGAAACAGCAAGCUUAUAUACUCGGUAUCUUCUCUUUUUUUUCGUUUGAAUGAAAUGAAAAGCAUCAAAAUGUCAGUGAGGUUGAUUAUUCUCAUAUUUCUGGCACUGGUGCUUUUUCAUCAUAAUGCUGUAUUAGAAGCCAUAGAAAUAGGUGAGCUGAGGAAAGUGGCAGCGAAGAAUAAUGUGACAUGUAUCUUGGUUUUUGGAGAUUCAAGUGUAGAUCCUGGAAACAACAACCAUCUUUCUACUCUAAACAAAGCCAAUUAUUUGCCUUAUGGUUUGGACCUUUCCAAUUCUCAACCUACUGGCAGGUUCUCUAAUGGCAAACUUGCCACUGACUUCAUUGCGGAGGCACUUGGUUACGUGAACAUGACAAGAGGGUUUCUCGACCCACAAAUCAACAACAUGGAUAUGCUACAUGGCAUUAGUUUUGCAUCAGCUGGCUCUGGUUAUGAUGAUCUCACUGCUAAUUUGUCUAAUGCAAUGUCACUAGCCAAGCAAAGAGAAUAUCUCAGGCACUAUGAAAUCCACUUGAGGCAAAUGGUGGGAGCUGAGAAAGCAAGAGAGACAAUGAAAAAUGCACUAUAUAUACUAAGUAUGGGCACUAAUGACUUCCUCCAAAAUUACUUUGUGGAAGUUGUACGUUCAAAGCAAUACUCUGUGGAACAAUACCAGAACUUCUUGAUCCAUUCCAUGUUUACUCACGUCAAGGAUAUAAUUCAUGGUGUAGGAGCAAGGAGAUUAGCAGUGGUAGGAGUUCCUCCUCUUGGGUGCGAACCACUUAUUAGAACCAUUCGAGAUGAUGAAACAAAGUGCGACGAUGAUUUGAACAAAGUUGCUUUCUCUUUCAAUUUGAAACUCAAAAGAGAGUUGCAAACUCUAAAAAGAUUAUUUGGGAUCAAAGCUUCCUUUAUAGACAUCUAUAGCAUCAUUCAAGAAGCAGUCCAAAACCCCCAUAAAUUCGGCUUUGAAGAGACAAGUAAAGGCUGCUGUGGGACAGGAACGACUGAGUAUGGAGAGACUUGUAAAGGGUUGACAACUUGUGCUGAUCGAACAAAGUUUGUGUUCUGGGACGCAGUUCAUCCCUCAGAGAAAAUGCAUAAGAUCAUGGCUGAUGAAGCUCUUAAAGCUAUCAAUACUGAUUUACUCAGCUGAUAAUCAUCUUAUUUAUUAGUAUCAUUUUGUUAUGAUUGUUAUUUUCCUACCCAUAGAUAGUAAUUGUGCAUGUUCUAUAUUUGCCUUGUGGAUUUUUCAAGAUAGCAGCAAAGUUGGCUUCUGAAAUAUUGAUCGGAAAUUGUGGUUCACCUUUGA